UCGUGAAAAGUGUUAAAGCGGUUAAUAUACAGGCAAUACAAAAUAUAUAUAUAUAAUAUAUAUAUUGUAUAAUAACAUAUAUAAAAUAAUACAAGAACUACUAGUUAGUUCCUCCUUGUAAAAGGAAUAAAAUUUUAUUAUUAUUACAAUAAAAUAUUUAAAAAAAAUCAACAGUGAAAAAUAGUUGUCUGGAAUUGAAACAACAACAAAAAACUGACAUGAUAUAGUACAGUGCACACUGGCUGCUAGAAUGUUUAAUAUAUUGUGUAUCUCCUAAGAGAAAUCAUUCACUGUGUAAAAUAAAUAUAAAUCCAAAAUAAUAACAACAACAACAAAAAAAGUGAAAUAAAAUAAAAUAAAAGUCAAGAAUAGUGAGCGAGAAAAGUGUACGAAGACGGAAAUAUCAUAUAAUAUAAUAAAAAAAUAAAAAAAAAUAAUACAAAGCGAGAAAUAAAAGAAAGAAAGAAAAAACAACAUCCUAAGAAAUCAAAAUGAAAUUUAAAAUAAUGCUCGGUGUUGUACUUACAACAACACUUCUCAUCGCAGUCGCGAAUGGCAUGACCUUGGAAGAAAAAAUACGUGAUGACUCGGAUUUAUCACAGUUUUACUCCUUAUUGGAACGGAAUCCAAUUGCAUUGGCAACUUUGCGGUAUCGGCCAUUGACAAUUUUCGCACCAACUAAUCAAGCAUUUCAACGAUUCAAGGGAAACACGAGUGUUUUAUACCAUAUUUCCACUGUCGCAAGGACGUUAGACCAUUUGGGAUCGCAAGUAUUGGCGGACUUAGAUGGUAAUCCCCCGUUGUACGUGACCCGAAAACGUGUUGGAAAGCAAGACGACAUCUACAUCAACCAUGCACUCAUAUUGCGAUCAAGGUCGAAUGUACAAUUGCAAAACAAAGAAGGCAAAAAACAGGUUUUGCACGUGAUUGAUGACGUUUUGGAGCCAUUGACGAUGAAACCAACUGCUCCAGUGGAAAUUUACAAUCCCGAUGCCUGGCAAUUUUUGACACACUCGGAAUCCUUGGAGAUCGGAACACAUCGUGUGCGAUCCUUCCGUCAACGCAUCAUCAUGAACAAGAAGGACAAACUUUAUUCGGAGGCUGGUGGGCAUACUUUCUUCGUGCCCGUUGAAGAAGGUUUCAAGCCAUCACCACGCCCUGACCUAAUUGAUAAAAAGGUCAUUGAUGGUCACGUAAUUCCGAACAAAGUUAUUUUCACAUCCUCUGCCGCCAUCGAAGAGCCGUACUACACAUUGGCAUUCGAGGAUAAUCUCAAAGUGACUGUCUCAUUUUUCACGCAACACGCUGGAAAGGAAACCAAAACUUACGUGAAAUCCAACACAGUAAUUGGUGACUCAAAGCACUCGGCUGGCGUCGUAAUGGCUGAAAUCGUAAAGGCAAAUAUUCCCGUAAAGAAUGGCGUUAUGCAUUUAAUCUAUCGCCCACUCAUGGUUGUCGAUAACUCCGUCAAGCAAUUCUUGGAGGAAAAUGAAGCUGGACCAUUCUACAAGUUCUACGAGGCAAUUGUGGAUCACGGUGGCGAUUUUAUCGAUCACAUCAACAAAUUGGGCGAAGUUACGUUGUUUGUGCCAAGUAACGAAGCAUGGGAAAAUGCCGAAGUGAAAAAUGUCGUUUCGAACAAGCAAAAAUUCCGUGAGAUUCUGAACAUGCAUGUUGUGCCACAACGCAUCACCACGAACAAAAUUAAGAGCGAUAUUGUACACAAGAUUUUCCAGGUACCAACUUUAGCUGGGCGUCGUUUCUUGUAUUUCAAUGCAAUCACCAACGAUAACGAUAAUAUUACGGUUACCGUAGAGGGCGGCGGUGUAAAUGCCACACUCGAGAUUCCCGAUAUCGCCGUGACAAAUGGUUUUGUGCACAUAAUUGAUCACGUUCUCGGUAUCCCGUAUGCCACAGUGCAGGAGAAAUUGGCCACUGAUCCGAUGUUGAAUGCCACAAACUUGUUGGGCAGCCGUGGCUUUAAUGCGCAACUUAAUGAUACGCAACGUCGCUUCACCUACUUCGUCCCACGAGACUACGCAUGGAACAGACUACAAAUUGAUUAUCCUUCGUUACACAAGAAACUCUUUAUGCGUGAUUUUGCAUACCAUGCACGUAACGUCUUGGAACGUCAUCUUGUCAUUGCCGACAGAGCAUUUACAAUGGCUGACUUGAACAAGAAGAACGAGACAAUUAUUUUGCCGACGCAACGUGACUCGUUGAAGAUUCGGGUCAAGGAAGAGGAUAAAGACGAUGAUUAUCAAAACUUGCAAUCUGGCUACUACAUCUACUGGAACCAAAAAUGGAUUCACGUAUUCCGGCCCGACGUUGAGUGCACAAACGGCAUCAUCCACGUCAUCGAUACUCCCUUGUUGGAGGAAGCUGAUGUCACAGUUGCCGGCGUCAGUACUGCCACAACUCUUACCACGACAACAAUCAGUUCAGCUCUACCAUUUAUGACAACUCUAGUAUUUACUCUGAUUGCGCGAAUGUGCUUUAUGUAAGUGAUUUAAGUUAAUUUUAUUGUGAAAAAAAAGUAAUUAAUUUAAAUAAAAAUAAUAAAAGAAAGAAAGAUUAAGAGAAAAUUAUGACGAA